AUGGAGGCGGGCUGCGAGCUGCCGGCCCCCCCACCACGCCCCGUCCGCCAUGCGCACGGCCCUCGCUGCACCUUCAGGAUACCUGCAAUCAAGCGUGCGUCGCCGGCGGGGAACGCGGUUGUGCCCAUUCGGUGCGUCAGCACACUGCGCUGGGGUCUGGCCGGGCGGCGUGAACGUCUCGGUGAUGCGACGAACCUGAAAACUAUGCGCACGCUGCCAGAGAACUCUCCGCGAUGCCGGCCGUGCGGAUGCUGCACCAAACUCAGCUCCUCGAUGGGACCUGCCAGCAAGAAGAGCUCCGUGAACACCACGCGCCUCUGCAAGCACCGACGCCGUCGUCACUCGCGCGUUCUGACGUUCUGA